AUGUCGCCACGAGAUAAUACCGUCGGCAUUACCUCGCGCCGCCGCCCCUCGCUAUCGCUUCGUCCGCGCCCAAAGACAGCUGCGUACCCAAUUGCGCUCCCAAAAGACUAUACAUUCGAUCAGUGGCAAAAAAUCUCCCUGGUGGAGGCGUCCGAUGAUGAUGCAUCCGCUAUUGAAGAGAUGGAGCCCUUUCCAGAGGCCGUCCCUCGGCGCCGUGCAGCCAAGAGCUUCUCUAGCCUGCGUCACCCGAUGGAUGGAUUAGUGGCGCUGGGCCGUCGUCUAUCUGUGACUCUCCGCAGCAAGUCCUCCAAGCAGAACUUGCGCAUUCCAGGAGAAGAGCAGAACGACGAGAGCCGCCACUAUCACCACGCUCCGAGCCACCCCACCCACAAGCGCAAUGCUGCGUCUGGAAGCUGGGGUAUGCGCUCGCGGGCGUGGUCUCACGGCCCUAACUCUGGCAGUAUCAAUCGCCGCCCAUCUCUGAACAGCGUCUCUGCGCUGCAUGGAUUCUACGUUCCGACUGCCUCCAUUCCAGCUCCAAUUCCAGGCCAUGGAUUCGAGCCGCCUAUUCUGCCGAAUGACAUCUAUGCGGGCGCAGCAGCUCGAGCUGCGGCCGCUGCGCAGAACGAACAGAUGGAGUUGGCCAGAUUGGAAAUGGCCAAGACAGAGCGAGAUCUGAUCCACAAUUUGUCGGAUUUGACCUUGACCCAGGAUUCGGAGAGUGGGAUUGGAAUUGAUCUGCGGGAUCCCUCUGAAAUUUGCGACACAAAAUUGGACAUUAUCCGUAUUGAUCCGGUUUCCUUCCUGCCCUCGGAGGUCAUGGCUCACGUGCUUUCGUAUCUGGACCCCGCGUCUCUCAUGGAGGCAGAGUCGGUGUCACAUUCCUGGCACCGCCAGGCGUCUUCCCCGCACGUUUGGAAGCAUGCGUUUCGUGGCGCCUAUCCUUGUCGGCCCGCCAGCGCCACGGCCACAAAGAAGAAGCAGUCCGUUGGCCUCGGCAAGUCUAUUCCCAACCAAGACUGGAAGCGAAUGUUCUUUGUCCGCCGUGCCCUCGAGCAACGCUGGAAGGAGGGCAAGGCCGCAGCAAUCUACCUCCAUGGCCACCAAGACAGUGUAUACUGUGCUCAGUUCGAUGAGGACAAGAUUAUCACUGGUUCUCGCGAUCGCACGAUUCAUCAUCGGUCCUCCCCGGACGAUGUGUCUAUCGCGGGACCCGUGAACAACCCAGCGCAACAGGCCAUGGGGAAGUCUCCCUUUGCGACCAUCUGCCCGCCAUCUACUCCCUCGGCGGGCAUUGUCACGCCAAUGGAGCAGCCUGCAGACUAUCACAGUGCUUCCAUUCUCUGCCUGAAGUUCGACGAAGAGAUCAUGGUCACUGGAUCUUCGGACUACACUUGCAUUGUUUGGGAUGUCAAGAAUGACUACCGUCCAAUCCACCGUCUGACUGCCCACCGCGCCGGUGUCCUGGAUGUCUGCUUCGAUGACCGGUACAUCGUAUCCUGCUCCAAGGACACCACCAUCUGUGUGUGGGACCGUCAGACUGGCGCCCUCCUGAAGCAGCUCAUGGGUCACCGCGGCCCAGUUAAUGCUGUGCAACUCCGCGGUGAUCUCAUCGUUUCAGCCAGCGGUGACGGCGUGGCCAAACUGUGGAACGUCACUGAUGGCCACUGCGUUAAGGAGUUCCCUAGCAAGGACCGUGGUCUGGCCUGCGUCGAGUUCAGUGAUGACGGCCGAACCAUCCUGACCGGUGGUAACGACCGGACCAUCUACCAGUUUGACGCCAAUACCGGCGAGCUGGUCAAUGAACUCCGUGGCCACACUAGCCUGAUUCGGUCUCUUCACCUUGACAGUAUGAACAAGCGUAUCGUGAGCGGCAGCUACGAUAUGAGUGUCAAGGUGUUCGACGCCGACUCUGGCGAGCUCUCCAUCGAUCUGCCUGGUUGGACUACUAGCUGGAUGCUCAACGUCCAGUCAGACUACCGACGGAUUGUGGCGACUAGCCAGGACUCGCGGGCCGUUAUCAUGGAUUUCGGCUACGGGUUGGAUGGUAUUGAGCUGCUGGAAGAGUGA